AUGACGGUGGUAAUGGUCCUGGCCACCUGGCUCUCCAAGGCAGCCGCGGUUUCGUUCAUCUUGCAGGUUGAGAAUGAACUGGACGCUGGAGCUGCUGGUCAGGCCACACCGCUUCCCAUCCCCGAUAAGCUUUGUGCCCCACUGCUUUGCCGCCUCACUCUGGCGCCUCCGCUCAAGCCCGUGCCCUCACCUUACAUACCCUCAGAGCUGCUGCCAGAUACACUUGUCCUCAGUGCCCAAGCCCAGAGCAGUCUGUCUGUGCUCACCCCCAUGCCACGUGACGGCCCGUGUUGGAGGGCUGGAUCUCUGCCCGUGGGAACCGAGUUGAGUCAGGGAGCAGCUUCCCAGUGGAGCUUGGGAAGGGGUGCAGACUGUGCCAGCUGUCCCUGCCCUGCCAUUUCCGGGGCAGUGGUGGACAUGGGAGUCGACGAGUUGAAGAUGAAGCUCAGAGCCGAGUGCUGUUCUCCCAAGUUCUGGCUGGUGCUGGCUGUCCUGGCUGUGUCAGGCAGCAGAGCUCGUUCUCAGAAGAGCCCUCCCAGCAUCGGCAUCGCUGUCAUCCUCGUGGGCACUUCCGACGAGGUGGCCAUCAAGGAUGCCCACGAGAAAGAUGAUUUCCACCAUCUCUCCGUGGUACCCCGUGUGGAGCUGGUAGCCAUGAAUGAGACUGACCCAAAGAGCAUCAUCACCCGCAUCUGCGAUCUCAUGUCUGACCGGAAGAUCCAGGGCGUGGUGUUUGCUGAUGACACGGAUCAGGAGGCCAUUGCCCAGAUCCUUGACUUCAUUUCAGCCCAGACUCUCACCCCCAUCCUGGGCAUCCACGGAGGCUCCUCUAUGAUAAUGGCAGAUAAGGAUGAAUCCUCCAUGUUCUUCCAGUUUGGCCCAUCAAUUGAACAGCAAGCUUCUGUAAUGCUCAACAUCAUGGAAGAGUAUGACUGGUACAUCUUUUCUAUCGUCACCACCUACUUCCCUGGCUACCAGGACUUUGUGAACAAGAUUCGCAGCACCAUCGAGAACAGCUUCGUGGGCUGGGAGUUGGAGGAAGUCCUCCUGCUGGACAUGUCCCUGGAUGACGGAGAUUCUAAGAUCCAGAACCAGCUCAAGAAACUUCAAAGCCCCAUCAUUCUUCUUUAUUGUACGAAGGAAGAAGCCACCUAUAUCUUUGAAGUAGCUAACUCAGUAGGGCUGACUGGCUACGGCUACACAUGGAUUGUGCCUAGUCUGGUGGCAGGGGACACAGACACAGUGCCCUCGGAAUUCCCCACUGGGCUCAUCUCUGUGUCCUAUGAUGAAUGGGACUAUGGCCUCCCUGCCAGAGUGAGGGAUGGAAUUGCCAUAAUCACCACCGCUGCUUCCGACAUGCUGUCUGAACACAGCUUCAUCCCCGAGCCCAAGAGCAGUUGUUACAACACCCAUGAGAAGAGAAUCUACCAGUCCAACAUGCUAAAUAGAUAUCUGAUCAAUGUCACAUUUGAGGGAAGAAAUCUGUCCUUCAGUGAAGAUGGUUACCAGAUGCAUCCGAAAUUGGUGAUAAUCCUUCUGAACAAGGAGAGGAAGUGGGAGAGGGUAGGACAUAUCUUUUGGCAAUUUUUGAACAAAGCAGAUGGGGUAGGGACAUAA